AACCCAAUCAACAUAUAUGUCAUAUAAUAUAAGACUAAUAAUUUGUGUUAACGUCAUUAUCGAACUAUUUGUAUAAAAUCCAAAAGAUCAAAACUCUCUUGGUAUUUUAAUAACACUACUUAAGAAAACUUACUAUUUAGAGGGACGCGCCAAUUAGGAAAACAAGAGGCAUUUAAAAUGCAAACAAAACAGCAAAGGCCGCUCAACAUAUACUUAAGAAUUACAAUAGAAAAAAUAUCAAAGGUUAGUGGGAAUCAACUCUCUAAUCAAGAGAGCUACCAAUGGAUUAAUUACAUAUAUAUAAACAUAGUUAUGUCUAGGAUUUUAACAUUAUCAUUGAGUACAAAGAACGACACAACCAUUAAAAAUGGUGUCCCAAGGCCUUUCCGUCACCUUAGUUUUUCUCUUAGCAACCCUAAUUAUCACACUUGGUGAAGCCAGUAACAACCGUAAGCUUCUCCAAACUUACACUAACUACCAACAACAACAUUCUCCUAUUCCUUCUCCGGUAUAUUCUCCUCCGGCUGAUCUUCCUCCUCCUCCUACUCCCGUCUAUUCUCCUCCGGCUGAUCUUUCUCCUCCCGUUGAUGUCCCUCUUCCUCCUACUCCAAUCUAUCCUCCUCCGGUUGUUUUUCCGCCUCCUCAAGCUUAUCAAGCCUACUAUUACAGGAAAUCUCCACCACCACCACCUUCUAGAUAUGGAAAAGUGUAUCCACCUCCUCCCGCCAAACCAUGGUGGUGGUUGUUGUAAAGCGUCAAAGACAUUCAUGCAUUAAUUAUGUGAUGUCUUUGAUGUCCCUUAAUUUCCCCGAGGUUUCAUCUAUAUAUUCAAUCAUUUUCUUUUUCCUGAUAUUUUGUAAUGUGAGUGAAGUUUGAUCCAUGCACUAAUGGUUGGUUUAACAUUUUGUUAUUUUGUAUUGAUUCUUUUCAGUUUGUGAUCAUUUCAAAUCUUCUCGACUAAACAUAAUUAUGCAUGUCUUCGUUAA